GCAGAAAGGACUACAUUCAAGGGAGAUGAAAGCUAUUGAUUACAUGGAUUUCUCAAGCUCCUAAUAAACUUUUUUCCACGCGUUUUACUAAACUGAAUUCCAAUAUUCAGAGCAUUUGGAAAGGAAUCGAAUGGAAUCGGAUUAUAUUAUCCAAGGAGAUAAUCUCAGUACAAAAAAAUAAUCAGGUUUAAUUUUUGCGAUGGCGCGAUGGUUUGCGAGACACGUGAUCGGCUUUAUCCAAUCAUGGCGCGGCAACGACAGCCAUGUCUUCUUUGUUCUGGAUUUAUCAACGUUGCUGACUAAUUACAAGUUUACAGUUGAUGGAUUUUUAAAGAUCGAGUCUUUAAUAGUUAGGGAACGCUCUCGUGUGCGGGGUAUCUCAAAAAGAAGACGUGUUUUGGGGAAUUCCUGUUUAAAACCAGUUUGAGCCACGCGAGUCGUUGUGUGGGUUGUCACGUGACUCUCCCUGCCCCCACUUCGCUCCAAUGAACGGGGAAGAAGAAGAAGUCGGACAUGUUUGAGGGAAAUGUGUUGAAUAAAGAAACGUGGCUGAAGACAAGAAGAAAAUCAGGAUUUUUCCAACAAUGAGGAAUUCGACAUAUUUUGCUUUUCCUUUUUAUUUUCAAUUCACUUAAUCUGGAUAGAGGUAUAUGUUAAGAAAUUUAGAUUUAUUUUUAGAAAACAAAAUUCAGUUGUUGUAAAACAUUGUUAAUAAUUUAAAUUAGACGUUUUGGUUUAAAUAAUUUAUAGACUACGAACAAUUUGGCUGGUUUAGUGUUGUAUUUUGUUCCCCACAAUCUAUGACAUUGUUUCAAAUCUGUAACCUUGGCAGUGGGGGAUGGGCGGCAGUGUAUUUUUUACUAAAAAUCCGCGGUCCUAAACUAUUUUAACUUAAAAAUAUGUUUAAAACAUAGAUCGUCGUUUCAGGUUAAAAUACUUUCAGGCGUUUACCAUUCGUUAACGGCUUCUGGAAAGUAAAUAUUUUAAUCAGUGUAUUUCAGGUGUCCUCUAAAAAAAAUGAAAAGGCUGAUGUAGAAACUUCGACAAGAUUUGUUGAAAACGAUGACCUUUUAUUAUAACAAACAGAAAACUUAGUGGGAAUCAAACGUAUUUUCGGUAUUGUAGAUGAUUUUGGGUUUUGUAGUUGGAACUCGACGCUGGCCUAAACGUCUUUUUUCCUUGGAUUUUGUGUAAAUUUCUAACGUAAUUCGAAUAUUUAUGUAUUUUCAGACUAACUUACGUGAGUUUUAUACAUAUAUUUUGUCGUUGUAAUCGUGUUUUAACAACUGCGUGUCGUUGUUUGAAGAACCAAAGUUGCUGCGUCAUUUUAUGGAGGACACUCCUUGUAGGCCAUGUUUGAACCGACACAGAAAGAAGGGCAUCGCCUUUUUUGUUUGCUUGUUUUAAUACGGGGUCUGAGUUUGUUACGUGUUUAUUUACACUGGGUUAAAAAGUCGAGUUUUUAAAGAGACAACAUUGUUUUUGGCUCUUUUAGGCCCCGGGGGGUUGCGGUUUUCGUUUUACUUUCGGAAAUUUAGCAACAUCACGAGGUUUCCGUCAGAUGUUGGAGCUUUUUUUGUAGUAUUUUAGUGAUUUUGCAGGCAGUGGAUGAGAAGCAGGCUGUAAGGCGAGGAGAACUGUACGUGUGUGUGCUGCAUUUGUCUGUUACGCGUGACUAAUCGUCUGAGCCAAUGGCGUGUUUCCAACCUGCCCUCGAUGCUCGCGCCUUAGUUCUGGGCAGCCAAUCAGCGAAGAGCGUUGACGUAACACAACUCUUGAGAAACGCAGUUUCUGCAAAUGUUACCGUGUCUUUGAGUGUUUUAAAUUAUUCGCUAAAAUGUGUUACUUAUUUUUAGUCUUAUAUCUACAGCAGUGGCAUUGCUUAGGCAAGUGUUUUUUUGCGUAAUAAUCUGCUUUAAAUACACAAAUUGUGCUCCAGGGGUUGCGUGGGCGUGGCCUAUUUGAUUGACAGCUAGAGUGGCCUGUAGAAUUCGCGUAGGCGUGUACGUAUGGCGUUACAUCAGCCAAUGGAGCCGUCGAUGGGUUUAUAAAAAGUCGGGCGGAGCCUUAACGUCGCCAUUUCAUUGUAGCUCUGAGCUGGAGGAUCGAGGAAGUCAGAAAAACAAGGCCGCGAAACUCGGAUCCGCGAACGAAACCGGUUUAUAAACAGAAUCCGGAUCCAUCCCGAUGGAGACGGCCAUUAGCCCGCCCUUUGACAGCUCUCUGGGCGGGGGCGACGGCAUGCAGGGGGUCACCAUGAUGAUGGAGCAGACCAUCUCCACUCCCGGCAAACGCAUCCGCAAGCCGUCGCUGCUGUACGAGGGGUUUGAGGGACCUGCUCUGCCACAGGCUCCUCAAUCCGGACCCCCUCAACCCUCUGUGCGGGACCCCGCUCGCCAGGGCCGCAUGACCAACCAACUGCAGUUCCUCCAGAAGGCUUUGCAGAAGACGCUGUGGAGGCAUCACUUCGCCUGGCCUUUCCAUGAGCCGGUGGACGCUACCAAGCUCAACCUGCCUGAUUAUUACAAAAUCAUUAAACAGCCCAUGGAUAUGGGGACUAUCAAGAAAAGACUGGAAAACAAUUAUUACCGCAGUGCCAGCGAGUGCUUACAGGAUUUCAACACCAUGUUUACCAACUGCUACAUCUACAACAAGCCAACAGAUGACAUCGUCCUGAUGGCUCAGUCUCUGGAGAAGGCUUUCCUGCAGAAGGUUGCUCAGAUGCCCCAAGAGGAGGAAGAGAUUCCUGCACCUGUCCCUAGGGGCAAACAGAGCAAACCUAAAAAAGGACACAAAUCAUUCUCAGGUGGAUUCACAACAGCUCAUCAGGUACCAGCUAUAUCUUCCGUGUCCCAGUCGGCCUACUCCCCUCCCACUCCAGACACCCCAGACUCGGUCCUCUCCACCCCACCGCAGAUGCUUAUAACCAAGACUUUGCCUCCCACUUCACACAGCACCCCUGCACUGAUGGGUCUGCCUCCUACCCAACCGACUGCAAAGAAAAAGGGUGUCAAGCGCAAGGCAGACACAACCACCCCCACCACCACAGGCAUGCCACUCGCUUUGGGUGUAGGUGGGAUGGGUCUCGGCAUGGGCGGCGGUGACUCUCCACUCACCCUCUCCGCUUUGGGUGCCGACCCCAAACAGAGCCUGUCUCUUGGCCUGGGUAUGGGCAUGGGCAUGGGCAUGGGCCUUGGUGGAGGCCUGGGUGGAGGUCUGGUUGGAAGCCUGGUUGGAGACAAAGUACCGGCAAGACGAGGUGGUAGUGGCAGGCCCAUCAAACCACCACGGAAAGACUUGCCCGACUCCCAGAACCAACAUCAGCCGGUGCGGCGCGGGAAGCUAAGCCAGCAGCUACGGUACUGCAGCACGAUUCUCAAAGAGCUGCUGUCGAAGAAGCACGCGGCUUACGCCUGGCCCUUCUACAAGCCAGUGGACGCUUCCUCACUGGGACUGCACGACUAUCACGACAUUAUCAAGUAUCCCAUGGAUCUAAGCACAAUUAAGAGGAAAAUGGAUCAUCGGGAGUACAGGGAUGCAUUGCAGUUUGCUGCUGACAUCAGGCUAAUGUUCUCAAACUGUUACAAGUACAAUCCCCCAGAUCACGAUGUGGUGGCCAUGGCCAGAAAAUUACAGGAUGUCUUUGAGUUCCGCUUCGCCAAGAUGCCAGACGAGCCCCUGGAGUCCCUCCCACCUGCGUCCCUGGGCGGCGGCCUGGGCGGUCACUCCUCCUCUUCCUCCUCCUCUUCCUCCUCGUCGUCGGAGAGCGACGUGAGCAGCGAGAGUGAGAGCGAGAGCAGCCCGAGCUCCGACAGUGAGGAGGAGAGAGCGCAUCGCCUGGCCCAGCUUCAGGAACAGGUGUGUACACAGUUGAGGGCGGUGCACGAGCAGCUGGCUGCGCUGUCCUCUACACCCAUCAUCAAACCCAAGAAGAAGAAGGAAAAGAAAGACAAGAAGAAAAAGAAGAAGCCAGAAAAACACAAGCGGGGCAGGAGUAUGAUAGAGGAAGAGGUAAUUGUCCGGCCGCCGAAAACGCCAAAACUCUCCAAGACACCAAAGAGCAGGAGCAACAGCAAAGCAGCGAGCUCCACUCAGGGCAAGAAGAGCUCCAAUAAGAAGAGCAGCAAGAGCAAAUCCUCAAAGAAAUCUCAAGCCUCCGUCUUCAACUCCCAACACGUGAGCCAAGGCGGUCUUACGCCGCACUAUGACUCUGAGGAGGAAGAGGAGACCAGCCCCAUGAGCUACGAUGAGAAACGGCAGCUCAGUCUGGACAUCAACAGGCUGCCGGGCGAGAAACUGGGCCGCGUCGUUCACAUCAUCCAAUCACGAGAGCCCUCGCUGCGUGACACCAACCCAGAGGAGAUCGAGAUCGACUUUGAGACGCUCAAGCCGUCCACGCUGCGCGAGCUGGAGAGAUACGUCAUGAUGUGUUUACGCAAGAAACCACGGAAACCUUUUGUGGCAGUCAAAGGUGCUGCAGGUAAAUCCCGCGAGGAGCUGGCUCUGGAGAAGAAGAGAGAGCUGGAGAGACGACUGCAGGACGUCAGCGGCCAGCUUAACUCUGCCAAGAAACCACAGAAAACCAAAGUGGAGAAGCCCACCGGGGCGGAGCCUCAUGCCGUGGCGUCUCGUCUCAGCGCCAGCAGCUCCAGCUCAGACUCCUCCUCCUCAUCCUCCUCUUCCUCCUCCUCUGACACCAGUGACUCAGACUCAGACUGAAAGAAUGGACGUCAAAUAAAACAUGCACUCCAUUCCAGAAUGGAGUUUCUGCUCUCAAUAACAGUAACUAAUGAGGAAGGGCAGUGUUUCUCUUUAGAUGUAUAGAAGCAGGUCAAAGAGAAUUCUGGGAAAUGAUGGACGGAGAAGGAACUGAUGGAAAAGCAGACCAGGGCAUCGUUGUCUAGUUUGGGACUCCUUUCUGUUAGUCCAUCCUUCUUUACUUUGUGUAUAUACAUGUACAAAGAUAUAUAAAUAUCUAUUUUUCUUUUAUAAAGAAGAAUUUUAAGCAAUUCCCUGGUAGGGAAGAAAACAAAUCUUUUUCUUUUGUGAAUAUUUUGUUGCUUUUUUUUUUUCUUUUUUUUUCUCCUUUCUCUCCCUCUUUUUGUUUGACCUUUUAGUAGUUUGUCCUAAAGGAAACAAAAGGCUUGGAGUGGAAACUGCUGUCACUUUUGUUUGCAUGAGCGAGUGUGUGAUGUGUACGUGUGCCAUUGAAUCCCGUGGUUUUCUAUUUACACACUUUGCACAUACAUGAUGUGUUGGCGCUUGGUUGUGCAUUUGAAUGAAAAAACAAAGCUCCACCUAUUCAAAUGGCAUUUGUACACCCAGACGUUAUGAGAACAGGGAGUUACGUCACCCGUCUGUCCGAUGGGCGAGCUGUUGGCUUUAGUGGCGUCUUAAAACUUGAAUCUGAUCCUCUCCAUCCAGCCUGCUUUAUUCCCAUGGUCAAAUGAAUGGGUUCAAACCUCCAUUGUUUUAUAUACAAACGUACAGAAUCUUGCUCUUUGAAUUCAGCUGGGCCACAUGAGCAUUUGUUUUUUUUAUUUGGAUGCAUAAAUUAUUUUUAUGUUCAUGUGGUUUCGGUCACAAUUUCUAGAGCAGAACAGAGUCUUAGAUGCACUAUGAGAGGUACACAGCUGCUUAAUUAGGUGUUGAUGUGAAUACUGUUUGUAAAUCUUGGUUUUUGAGUUUUAGUCUGGUUUUGUUUUAGUGUGUUUAUUAUUAUUCACCCAGAGAGUUAAUGCACAAUUUAUGGUUUUAACAAAGUGACCCUCAUGUUCAGAAAUUAAAUUCUUGGAAAUAUA